CUACCAUCGGUGAUGACUGCGGAGGAAGCCACAGAAUCUAGUUGCCUGGACAGUUACCAGAGGGCAACGGCUGUUACAGACUUUUCUAGCCGGGGUACCAGUCGCGGACAGUCAAGCUCGAGGUGCAGUAGAUGGUCAUCAUGGAACAACUACCAUGGCCAUCAAGCUCAAUGCAUAUACUGCAAGAGGUUUGGCAGGAAUGCUGAGAGAUGCGGCCAUAACCGUUCCCAUAACCCAGGUAAGCCGCGUCUUUAUUAUUUAUCUUCUUCUCAUGUUGAUCAUGUCUGCCCGAUUACGGUUAGAGGUAGAGUGCAAGGCGUUGAGAUAGAAAUACUACUAGACACGGGAGCUUCGGUAUCUCUUAUCAAGGAAGAGCUCUUGAGGAAACUGAACUAUAAAACUCAGCAAAAUCGGUGUCUCUCUAGGUUAAUCACAGCAUGUGGCGAUCCUUUGAAACUGUGCUCUAAGGUGUGGUUAGACCUCACGAUAGAAAAGCAUCAGUUUCGGCACGAAUUUUUAGUUUCUUCUGCAUUAACUUGGGACAUGAUUCUAGGCGUUGAUUUCAUGUUAAAACACCAAGUCUCUAUAUUCAUGGAUAGGUCAUAAGCAAAUAUUGGUGAGGCUAUGGUACACCUGCACCACUAUGAGAUGCCAACUAAGUCUAUAGCCCAUGUGAGGAUUUCAGAACUUGUACGUCAAGUACAUAGCAAUCAAAUAAUAACAGAAAAUGAUCACCGCGCAACGAUUGCUAUGUUCCAGCAGUUAAGUUCUGUGUUUGAAGAAGGUAUUUCCGGAAAUCGGACGACUAUAGUGCAACACAUUCUUCACAGGUGACCAUAUGCCACUUCGACAGCCACCUCGUCAGGUACCAGUGCACUACCAACCACAACUGGAUGCAAUGAUAAGAGAUAUGGUAGACAAAAACAUUACAGUCCCUUCAUCCUCUCCCUGGGUGUCACCUAUUGUUCUAGUGAAAAAGACUCCUCUCCACGUAGAUUAUCGACGCCUUAAUGCCGUAAAUAAACGUGAUCCCUUUCCGCUUCCGUUGAUCGAUGCUACAUUAGACACCUUAAAACGCGCAAGUUGGUUUUCGGCAUUGAACCUAGCGUCUGAGUACUGGCAAGUGGAAGUCCGACCGCAAGAUAGGAAGAAAGCGGCAUUUAUAAAACCAAAUGGUUUAUAUGGAUUUCAAGUGAUGCCUUUUUGUUUAACGAGUGCUCCGGCUACUUUUAAGUGACUAAUGCAAACAAUUUUACAAGACAGUAGCCCAGAAAAGUCUGAUUUACCUUGAUGGCAUUAUUGUGCAUGGUAUCGCACCCGAACAACACAAUACUAGUCUGAAAGCAGUUCUUCAGAGCAUAAACAACAAAAUUUUAAAAACCGUCACUGUUUUACUCUUGUGAUUUGUUGCA